AUUUUUGGGAAAAUUAACAAUAUUUCCUUCUCUCUCUGAUCUUCAUCCACUUUUCUCUUCUAAUUUCAAGUGCAUGCUCUAUACCACACCAAAUCAAAUCAAAUCAAAUUUUUAGGAACAAAACAAAACUCAAGAUGAUGAAAAUUGUGCCCCCCAUCUAUGUGCCUGAACUUGGAUUUGAGGAUCUCAGUUUCUUUCACCAAUACCCUAUGGAUUCUCUUGCAUCUCCAUUUGACAACUUUGGCUUCAACUAUGAGAACAACUACGAAACAGCCCCAAAUUGUUUACCACUUGAAACUCACCCUGAUAAUCACUAUGUUGCUCCAACAAGACCAACCAAGAAGAUCAAGACAUCGAUAAACCCUCCUUCCUAUUCAUCACCUCAACUCAUUUCUUUUGAGCACUUCAAUGCAACACCAGUUGCUUCUACCGAACUUUACGACCUCGAUUAUUCUGAUGUAAAGCCUAAACUCCAGAAUGGGUGCAAUGAAAACAAAGAAAUUGCAGCAAAUUAUGAUAUCCGAGUGAAUCAGCCGAGGAACACAAUUCAAGCAAAAGAACAUGUAGUGGCUGAGAGAAAACGAAGAGAAAAGCUCACCAGAAGUUUUAUUGCUCUUUCUGCCAUCGUUCCUGGCCUUAAGAAGAUGGAUAAAGCUUCUGUACUGGGAGAUGCAAUAACCUAUAUGAAAAAACUACAAGCACGUUUGCAUACACUAGAGGCACAAGCUGAACACAACAAAAAAACUGGAUCUGCAAUACAAGUAAAGAGAUCUGUUAUCUUUACUGAUAACCAUGAUGAUGAUGACAGCAACAACUCCAACAACCAGACACUUCCUGAAAUCGAAGUAAGAGUUUCAAGAAAAGAUGUACUCAUCAAGAUUCAAUGUGACAAACACAAGGGACGUGCCUCUACCUCUACGGUACUAGGAAAACUAGAAACCCUAAAUCUCACAGUUCAAAGUAGUAACUUAUUGCCCUUCGGGAACAACAUUGCUGAUCUAACUAUUGUUGCUCAGAUGAACGAGGAAAACUGUGUGACAGCAAAGGAUCUCCUGGGAAGCAUACGAAAUGCAUUAAUCAUCAAUAAUAAUUAACAAGUUUGAAGGAUUAAUAUUACUUAAUCUACAUCAAUAAGUUUACUCAACAACUAUUUUUAUCACAGUGCUUUCAAUCUUUUUUUUUUCCUUGCUAAGGAUUCUGGAGUAUAGCAUACAAGAAGGAAAGUCCUGUGGUUGGAGAAUUGAUAUCUGUUUUCAAUUUUUUCACAUGUAUGUAUGAUUCAUUUGUUUCCAAAGGAUUGUUUUGUUUUGUUCAAGAUCGGUGUGUGGAAUUUCAACAGAUGGUGCCAAAGUGUUUUUUUUUUUUUCUGUUGUUUUUUCAUAGUUGACUUGACUGAUAAACUAUGUUAAUUCCACACAUGUGUAAUUGUUCAUUUUUUAAUCAUUGUUGGGAUGGUUUUUUUAGAAGGUUUGACAUAUUGUAUAGACCUCUUUCUUCCAUCUUUCCUGUUGUGAAUUGGUUCUGGUUUGAUAGAAACUGUGCCAACCACUUUUUUUAUAAUAUUGUUUCUUUUGUUGUUUUGUGAUUACUUAUUUAGUAUAAAAUCUUAUGAUUAUAGUCUUGAUAUCGAAUUGCUAUUAUUUUAUACUGUUUGAUCUCCUUCCAACUCACUCUAUCUCUCUCUAGAUCUAUUUGUAUAUUAUAUUUAGCAAAUUACAUUCUUGCAUGAGCGUCACUUAAUAGAGACAUUUUGAACCUAUUUAAGAUUGUAUAUGUAUACUUGCUAUUUCAAAAAAGUAUUGUUUAUUUUUUAAAAGAAAACAUAUUAUUUCGUUUAAAAUUAGAAAUCAUCGGUAAAAUAUGAGGUAAUGUUUUACUGCGAAGAAUUUUGGUGCAGUGGAGAAUAGAUUGACCUGCUAGUUUAGCACUCUAACGUGCAAGUCACAUAGAGAAUAAGGAGUAAUGUGUAAGGGAGAAUGAAUUUGAAUAAUUUUUUUUUAACAUGGGAUCUCUUAUAUAUACAAGGGUUGGUUGAGAUGUUUAAAAUGUGAGCUUUUUCUUAACGAGCCUUUGACCGGUUCAAAACAAUUGCUUCAAAGUUUCUCUUGAUGUGGUAGCGAGAAUCCCUUUAGAAACUAGGUCAAGCUCCAUGCACUAGGAUCGUUGCUUGGAGAAAUGGAAGAACCUUGAUAGCCGGUUUGAAUAACCUUAGGAAUAGAUGCAUUAAAUGUUAGUCUAAUCAUUGAGACGUUUUGCAGAAUUUCUUUGACACGUGGCUCUAGACCAAGGAGUGACACCUAUUCCUAAUCGUCGGUGACUAAAUGAUGAAACAAAAUUUUGAAAGACAAAACAAUGAAACAAAAUUGCGGAUAACUAACUGAGUGAAUAAAAUCAUGAAAGACAAAAGAUAAAACAAAAUCAUGGAUGGUUAAAUGAUAGAACAAAAUAAUGCAAGACAAAA